AUGGGCUGGAUAUACAACGCCUCUCCGGAGGUCGAGUCCAUGUCGAAUUACCCAGCCAUCAUUGCUGUGUGUAUUGUUCUGACAUUUGUGAUGACAUUGACUGUUUCAACUCGUAUUGCUGUACGAUGGCAACAGCAUCGAACGGGCCCCGAUGAUUAUAUCAUGGCCGUUGCAAUGGUCAACUACUCAGGUCGACCCUUUUACCAAUUCGGUAUCGGUCUCUUCAAGUUGGCCCUCUGCGUCAGUUAUUUACGUUUGCUGUCCGGUACAUCGAAGAAAUUGUAUAGAAUCAUUAUCAUUGCGAUCGCUACCAUCUCAACACUCGGCCAUUUCGCUUGGACUUUAGUCCUCAUAUUCAAUUGCCACCCGGUUAGCAAAUCAUGGACACCUACCGAAGCAGGAAAAUGCCUGCCAUUUGGACCCGUCAAUUACGGAAUGUCUGGGUUUACAAUUGGUUGCGACCUCACAACCAUCCUGGUGCCUAUUCCGAUAUUCCUAGACUUGAAAGUUCGACCGGCGCAGAGAGCGGGUAUUAUUGCGCUUUUCUCGCUGGGACUUUUUACUACAGUCUGCUCAAUUCUACGAUUGACUCAGAUCCGAGUGAUUGCAUAUGGAGACGGGAAUUCAACAUUGCUUGUGCUUUGGGGAACGAUUGAGUUCAACGUCGGCAACAUAAUUACCUCUGUGCCAUUCUUGGCUCCCCUCUUCAGACGCUGGGUGUCCGACUUUGGAUACCGUAUCGGAUACGGCAGUCGAUCGCACACUGUCCGUACCACCGAGAACUACAUACUCAAAGGUUACGGAAAGAAUAGCGUAAAGUCCAGCGUCAAUCAUGAUCCUACCUCCACUGUAUCGAAGCGGACAGUCAUGCGAACUCCGAGCGAAGAGCUUAUUCUGGGAGCUGGCGAUGAGCCGGGUCCUCACGAAAUCAUGCGUACAACGGAAUACAAGGUUGUGGUGGACGAGGAUAAGACAAUCAAAGACUAUAAUAAUUGA